AUGGUGAUUUACUAUGCCUGUCAGAGCUCUGUGAUGCUCCAGCGCUCCUUCAAGAUUGUAUUUGUGCGCUUCGACUACGAAUUCAAUGCCAAGCUGGUGGAUGUGAAAAUAGAGUUGCAAAACAGUAGCAAAAGUGCGCUUACUGUCGUUGUCAACACCUUGGAGACAAUCAACGGUGUGGACGUAACGGGCAGUGUUUUCUUGGAGACGGAGCCGGGCAACUAUACCAGCCUCAUCAGUAGGACUGUGGACCUGUGCAAGAUGUUGAAGGACCGCAAUGCGGAUCCCCUGUCACGGUCCAUAUACCAAGACAUGCAGCGAUAUGGAAAGCUUUUCAAGGAAUGCCCCAUACAGAGGGGCACCUACACGCUGCAGGACUAUGUUGUGGACGAGGAGCUGCUGCCCAGCUUUCUGCCAGAGACCAACUUCAAAUUCAGUUUACGUCUAUCGAAACCUAAGAAUCAGAUGAUAUUCAAGGGCUCGUUCUACGGACGCAUCGACAAGUCGAAGGGCUUCAACAAUCUUAAGCUUUUUAGUAUGGGCUAAGAGAGACAU